AUGGGUAUUCCAUCCUCAUUACCCACAAACCCUAACCCCAGCCCCAGUCCGCCAUUACCUCAGUCACCGUCACCACAAACGCCGCCAUUACCUCAAUCGCCACCACCUCAGUCACCGCCACCACCCCCAAGCCAAAUACCACCUCUCAUUCCGCCGACUCCCCUCUCGCCGCAAUCCGAGCCACAAAAUGAAACACCAAUUCCCGACUCCCAUUCCCCAGAACCAGCGCCUGAACCUGUGCCUACUCAAACGAAAACCCAAGGCAAAACAAAAAAGACUGCAAGUAAACCUAAGAAAACCCCUGUCGGAAAACGGAAACGAGUACCCUCUGUUCCUUUCGACCUGAAUUCUCCACCUCAGCCGUCCUCUGAACCAGUUAGCAAAAGGACCAAGUCUUCCUCACAAACUCCAGCACCAGUGACCCAAUCACCAAUAACUCAGUCUCCCUUGCAAACUCCAGCACCUGCGUCAUCUGCAGAUACUAUAGAGGAGCCAGUUUCUGGGGAAUCAUAUAUAGACAGCACAAUAUUGCUGCAUAUGGAUGUUUGUGAGAAAGUAGGCCAUACCUAUACUGCUACAAAGAAGAUCUCGAUACCACUGCAUACUGCAGACCCCACCACUUUUGCACCAAAGAGAACCACAACCAACCUCUACCCCACGCCAAGCAGACAUUUUAUCCAUCUUAAGAUCCUUGGAAUCCAAAAUAACAAGUUUCACUAUCCAACCAUCUGUUUCCUCACCUGA